GGACGAAGAAAGGAAGCGGAAGCUGCAUGGGGAGCUCAUGCAGCCAUGACCCACCAUGAUGAACUGUACUCUCUGAGAGCUGAGAUAAACCCUUCCUUCUCCUGCCUGUACGGGUUGCGUUGUAGCCACAAGACCAGUAGCUAAGGUAGGAUGCUUGGUGUAUCAGAAAGAGGGAGGGCUCUGGAGUUGGGAAGCAAAACCAUCAUUCCAUACCAAGUGAGCUUGUGGUGACUGACUUGGGGUUUCCUGGGGUGUCUUCCGAGCCCAGGAAAUGGCAGUAGGAGCUCCCAGCAAGUACAGAUCCUAACGUUUUUGGGUUGAAGGAAAUGCUCUCCACUUCUUUUCCAGGUGACAACGGCAUGGCUGUGUCCCAGACUUUCCCACUGGGGCCUGCCCAUGAGCCUGCCAGGGCCCUGAUGGAGCCUUGCGCUCGAAGCUUAGCUGAGGGCUUCCUGGAGGAAGAGCUCCGGCUCAAUGCUGAGCUGAGCCAGCUGCAGUUUCCAGAGCCUGUGGGUGUCAUCUACAACCCAGUGGAUUAUGCUUGGGAGCCACACCGGAACUACGUGACUCGCUACUGCCAAGGCCCCAAGGAAGUGCUGUUCCUGGGCAUGAAUCCAGGACCUUUUGGCAUGGCCCAAACUGGGGUACCUUUUGGGGAAGUGAAUGUGGUCCGGGACUGGUUGGGCAUUGGGGGCUCUGUGCUGUCCCCUCCCCAAGAGCACCCUAAGCGACCAGUGUUGGGACUGGAGUGCCCGCAGUCAGAGGUGAGCGGAGCCCGAUUCUGGGGCUUUUUCCGGACCCUCUGCGGACAGCCUCAAGUCUUCUUCCGGCACUGCUUUGUCCACAAUCUGUGUCCUCUACUCUUCUUGGCUCCCAGCGGGCGAAACCUUACCCCGGCUGAUCUGCCGGCCAAGCAGCGGGAGCAGCUACUGUCGAUCUGCGACGCCGCCCUCUGCCGGCAGGUGCAGCUGCUAGGGGUGCGGCUGGUAGUGGGAGUGGGGCGGCUGGCAGAGCAGAGAGCUCGAAGAGCUCUAGCAGGGCUGACCCCGGAGGUGCAGGUGGAGGGGCUCCUGCAUCCAUCUCCUCGAAGCCCACAGGCCAACAAAGGCUGGGAAACAGCAGCCAGGGAAAGACUCCAAGAGCUGGGGCUGCUGCCUCUGCUAACGGAUGAGGGUUCAGUCAGGCCUACACCAUAGAGGCCCAGUCAGUGUUGCACAGCUGAUGACUGCACAGGUCUUGCUGGGCUCCAUGCUGCAUUCAGCCUACUGGGCCAUCCUCUAAUGGCCCAGAGUGGGCAGCUCUCCUGCUGCCUUCCCCUUCCCUGGAACCUCACCCUCUUGUCUCCAGUGCCUGGUCCUGCACAGCAUCUGCAGAGGGUUGGGCUUGUGCACUCCACCUACCACACAUCCUUGCCUGGGGAGCCCCCCAUGUGCAGAAGGUCCCAGAUCAGGAUGUCUGAAGUCAUAGUCACAGUUUUGGAGGAAAGAUAGUUUCCUGUUUUGCUUUUUAUUGGCAUUAUGUUUGGCAUUGAGUCAUGCACACUAGGGAAGUUCUCCAAUGCUGAUCUACCUCAGCCUUUUUUUGACACUAAUUGUGCAUACUAGUGGGGUUCAGUGUGAUGCUUCCACACACUGAUAGAGUCCAGCCUCCCUUAUCAGUCCUCUUCCCCAGUCAGUGGGUGAUCUUUUCGGGAUCCUUACUCAUCCUCACAGAGCACCUGGCAGACUCCUGUCCUUCCAGGGUCUAGGACAGACAUCAUGUUGAGAAUGGACUUCUUAGCCAGGUGUCCUGGCACACUCCUAUAAUCCAAGCACUCAGAGGCAGGAGGAUCAGGAGUUCAAGGCCACCUCCAGCUACAUAUUGAGUUCAAGGCCAGCCUGGAACACAUUAGUCUCUGUCUCAAAAAUAAGUAAAUAAGUAAUAAAAAAGUGAACUUCAGGGAGACUGAAGCUGUGUAUCUGAGGGAGACUUCUGUGUGGUGGACUAGGAAAGAUCUAGAUUUUCAUCCCUCCCCCCUCCUCCCCCUCCCUAUAAGGCCUGUGAACUUUUUUAAAAAAAUUAUUUAUUUUUGUUUUUUGACACAGGGUUUCUCUGUGUUGCCCUUGCUGUCCUAGAACUCACUUUGUAGACCAGGCUUGCCUCAGAAAACGCAUAUUUUAAAAGAAGAAACAAAAAAACACAACUCCCUCUGUUUGGGUUCUGUUAAUGUUGUCUGUUUGUUUUUAAAUUUUGAAACAAGGUCUCAUUGUGUUGGCCCUUAACUCAUUAUGUAGACCAGAUCCACUUUGACCUCUGCCUACCUCUGCUUCCUGAGUGCUGGGAUUAAAAGGAUGUGCCACCCUGCCUGCCCUGCUUGGGAACAACCUCUCUAAGCACCAAGAUCCUUUUUUUAAAAGGGGUGGGGGGGUUGUUGCUGCUUCCUGGCAUUGGUGUGAGGUGAGGAUCAACUGAGAUAACACAGCAGAGUGCUUUGCAAAAGACUGUCUUAUGGCCCUCACUACAUGCUCCUGCUCCCCUCCCUUCGAGGUGGGGCGUAUCUGUGCUCUACAAGGGAAUUCCCUGUCCACGCUGAACACCUUUGCCUAUAGCCCCACUGGAGAAGGACCAAUGCUAUACAAAACUCGGCCUCUGAUUUUUUUAGACUAAGCAUUAAAGACUCCUAAGCCAUGUGUUGGUUCUCUCUUCCUGCACUUUAUUGGUGGGAGAAUGAUGGUUUUAGGAUAUUUCCUCCCUUUUCCUACCUAUUCACUGCUUGCAAAAACUUUUCUCAGGUAGCUUGGGGAGGGGUGACAGAGACCUCUGUCCUAGACAAGCUACAGGGGUUUUGGUAGUGGCCUGUCCUGAAGUUCAUCAGGACACUGUUGGGCACUGUUGGGGACAGUGGGGAACCGGUGUCUCACCUGUCUCUUUGAUAGUUGGUUGGAUGAUCUGUGAUAAGGGCUGGAAAGUGAGCCACAGUGGGAGCAGGUCUUGGGACCAUCUUAAUGAAGGCAUGUGGUCUCCCUAUCUCCUGGGAUACAAGUCAUCUCCAACAUUCUAAACAUCAGUAUAUUCCUAUCUCAGCUCCAGAGAGGGAGACUAAAUCUUCAAGGAUUCCCCAGUGAUAGAAGUGUUGUAAUUAUUGAUGUUGGAGUCUCAGAGCGUCCCAGGAUUUGUCGAGCUCUGGCUCAGGAUGGAGGCCAGCCCUCCAGAAAGACCAGCCGUAUGCUCCAAGUGUUGGGGCUCGAGCCUGAAUGCCAGGAUGGGACAAGGAUAGAGAUUGAGUUCAGCCUCAUGGCCAAUGGUCUCAACCAGUUAUACCUCCACAGUAACCCUGACCAGCUCUCUUCUAAGCUUGCUGGUUGGUGAGCACAUGUAUAUGUGUUUCUUUUUGGGUAUUUGGUGCUUGUUUGUGUAUUCAUUGAUUCAUUCAUUCAUUCAUUCAUUCAUUCAUUCAUUCAUUCAUUCAUUCAUUCAUUCGCUCUGUGUGUCAUUUUGGAAUUCUGAGUAUAGAGCCCAGGAUUUUGUGGGUGAGUUUCUAUGACUGAGCUACAUUUCUUGAUUUUUAUUUGUGGUACAUUUUAAUAAAUAAACAUAGUGUUUUCCCCCCUGA